AUGACUGAUCCUACGCCGCUCCAGCCUGCACCACUACCCGUUCCACAAGGUCUGGGAUUGCUUGUUCCCCAGGCAGAGACAUUUCUGGUAGAGGGACUCCACAUCGGCCUUUUGUCGCGACAUCAGCCCCCAACCGAGGUGCGAGAGUGGUUUGACGACAACCGUGUUUGUGAAAUGCUUAAGGCACAUGUCAAACGAAAGAAUAAGAGCACAGUCUACCUAACGGCCAUUGUUUUGUGUAUGGCGGGUAAGCUGGAUGGAGUCGAGGUCAUGUUGACACCUACUAUCUGGAUUUCGGGCGGUGACAAGAAGUCAAAAAGUAGCAUCAAAAGCUCAAUCAGCAACUUGAGCUAUCUCAAUAGGUUCCUGGCAAGAUUUCAGAUGAGAGAGCCUCAUGUUACCGUCAGCGGUCCGGAAAUCUUGUCAGGAGUAAGAAUAUCUUCAGGAGCUGGCAUACACACAUUUGAAAUCCGAGCUGCCUAUGAGAGCCUGGAUUCUGUAUGUGGUACUAGUGCCAGAUUCACUAUGGAAGUAGCAUCCGAUGGCAGUACCUUCAAAUCAUACACCACUAUUGGUGGCUUGAUCCUUGUGGAUGAUAACCUCUUCGCUAUAACAACCGCUCACGCUAUCACGAAGUAUGCGAUCCCGAAUCCUCGGAACAUAGUCACAGAAACAACGGAUGACUCUCCUAUGCUGAGAGACCUGGAUAUGCUCGAAUGGAAGCCCUCACAGUUCCCGAGUACUUUCGCAUACUUGGGUGAUGCAUAUAUUCGAGGCGUCAAAGUCGACAGGCCUCUUGUUGAUGCUGCAGACUUCGCUCUGGUGGAACCACAAUCAUUCCCGAACUUAGGUUUCAAUACAUACCAGCUCAAAGAUCGGUCACACUUCGAAUCAGUUUCAGACUAUACGCCAACCUCUGAACUCAAAUCUGGGGAUGUGACGAUCUGUACAAAUGACGACACACUUCCGAUGAAGGGAAUUAUGGUGAAAGGCGACGCACCCAUUGUCGUGGGAGGUGUUGUCAUGCUCACGAGGAUGAUAGAAGUGACUACAAUGCCCUCUCCAGGCCUAUCUGGCUCUUGGGUCGUUCGGGAAGGAAAGCUGUGCGGCGUGGUAUACGCAGGCAGCGUCUCGAUUCCAUAUCUGUACAUCAUUCCGGCUGAAAUCAUGCUGGAGGAUGUAAAGAAGUUACUCGGAGCUAGUACUGUGAGAGUAGCGACUGCUCAGAAUAUAUCUACGUGGAAGCUUGAGAAUGUGGGGUUCGUUCCUACCUUUGGGUCUUCGACAUAUGCAUCCUCAUCGUCUGGUGCAGCGUAUAUACAGCCUGAAGAAACAUCCUCAUAUGAGACGUAUCAAUCCAUCCGCAUCGCCCAGAAAAAUAGCACCAUUCUCACACCCAAAGCACUCGAGCGCGCUAUCAACGUCUUACUUCCAUACACCCGCAAACUACGCUCCUCAGCAACAAUGGACAACGACCCUGACACCCAGCGAAUUCGUGCCCGCCUUGCCAAUUGCGGUACUCCUCAAGAGAUUGCCGAAGAAGGCUUUCGCGUCUGUCGCGUCAAUGCUGAUCUACGCGCUGUGUUGGACAAGGUCAAGAAGACUACUGCAACUGCGACUGCUGCACUUGCACAAAAUGGUGCUGUCCCCGCCUCCAUGGCCGCUUCCACAUCAUCUACUGCCGGCACCAUUCCUAUCCUCAAGAGCAACACUGCAGUCCCCACCUCCACUAUCCCCGCCACCCCUCCUCAAGGCUAG